GUAAAAGCAACAAAACAAAGAUGAGUGAAGUUAAGCAAGAGGAUCUGCAAGCAAUGCGGGAGUGGCUGAAGAAACAGCCACACCUCCCAUCUCUUCCAGAUUAUCAACUGAUAAUGUUCUUGCACAGUUGUUAUUACAGUCUGGAACGUGCGAAGCAAGCACUUGAUGUUUGUUUCACAGUAAGGACACAUGCACCUGAAGUUUUUGAAAACAGAGCUCCAGAUUCAGCUGAUGUCCAGUCAGCUGUGAAUGUAAUAGAAGCUUGUACACUGCCACACAAAGAUGAUAAGGGAAAUACUAUUAUUUUUACUCGUUUGAAGGAUACUGAUCCAUCAAAAUUUAACUGUGAUAAUAUUAUAAAGGCAGCUCUGUUAGGUCUUGAAGUUCUUUUGAAACAGAAUCCUACAGCUCCAGGCUACGUCUUUGUGUUUGAUCCAACAGGCUUUGGUCUUCAACAUAUUUCCAAAGUAACUAUAAGCACUAUCAGGAAGUUUAUGGUGUAUGUUCAGGAAGGUUUUCCUCUUAGAAUGAAGGCUGUGCAUGUGCUCAACACAAAUGCUAUCAUUGACAAGGUCAUGAUGCUUCUCAAACCUUUCCUUGAUAAGGAGUUGGCUAGCAUUCUCUUCUUCCACACACCACCAAAUGAUGAAUUUUACAAAGUGUAUAAUAAGGAAUGGAUGCCAAGCGAGUAUGGUGGCAAGGAAAAAACUUUUGCUGAACUAACUGAUGAUAUGCGGCAGUUGGUUCUCAAGGAAGGGAGUAGUUACGUGGCAGAAGAGGCUAAAUGGAGAGUGGAUGAGAGUAAGAGACAAGGCAAGCUGAAGACGAAGGUAGACUUGUUUGGAGCUGACGGGUCCUUCAAGAAUAAAAUCAAUAAAACCAAGAUGAGUGGAGUUAAAAAAGAGGAUAUGGAAGCACUUCGGGAAUGGCUGAAGAAGCAGCCACACCUUCCAUCUCUUCCAGAUGAUCAACUGGUGCUUUUCCUGCACAGCUGUUAUUACAGCAUUGAACGCGCGAAGCAAGCACUUGAUGUCUGCUACACAGUAAGGACACAUGCACCUGAAGUUUUUUCAAACAGAGACCCAAAGUUGCCCAAGGUUCAGGCAGCUAUGAAUGUCAUUGAGGCCUGCAAACUGCCACACAAAGAUGAGAAGGGAAACACAGUGAUUUUGACACGUCUCAAGGAUAAUGAUCCCUCAAAAUUUGAUUUCGAUGAAAUUGUAAAGGCAGCUCUGUUGGGUCUUGAAAUAAUAAUAAGGGAUGAGCCCACAGCUGAAGGUUAUGUCUUCCUGUUUGACCAGACUGGGUUUUCUCUUCAACAUAUUGCCAGAAUAUCUGUGAACACAAUCAGGAAAUUUUUUGUAUAUGUUCAGGAAGGCUUUCCACUUAGAAUGAAAGCUGUACAUGUCAUCAACACAACAUCUGUCAUUGACAAGAUCAUGAUGCUUAUCAAACCAUUCCUUAAUAAGGAACUGGCCGCAAUACUUUACUUCCAUAAGGCAGAUAAUGCAGACUUCUACAAGGUGUAUAACAAGGAGUGGAUGCCAAAGGAUUAUGGUGGCAAAGAGAAAUCUGUUGCUGAAUUAAGUGGCGAAAUGCGAGAGCUGGUGACUAAGACAGGAGGAAGUUAUGUGGAGGCAGAGUCGAAAUGGAGAGUGGACGAGAGCAAGAGGCAAGGCAAGCUGAAGACGCAGGGAGACCUCUUCGGGGCAGAGGGGUCCUUCAAGAAGCUGUCCAUCGACUGAGAAGUCUGCGGGUGCAGAGAAUGAGUCAGCAGCCAGUGAGCUCCUGUCCAGACUUCGCAAGAUGCGUGCACUCUUUUUAUACAACAGGAGCAAGAAAAUCUUGCAGGCUGUAUUCAGAAAUGGGACUGGUAUGUCCUAUUUCUAAUAAAAAAUGGGAUAACAUCUACGAUAUUCACUAUGCAGUCUACAUUCACUGUUCAGUCAACUGACAGUAGUGUAAAUGAAGUUGCGACACUCUCUGUUUGUAAAGAUUACCAUGUAAAAGAGCUACCAUGAUACUAAAAUAUAUAACA